AUGGUCGAAACAAUCAAAAUCGAAACAACAACAAUACCAAUAACAACAACAACCAAACUCAUUCUCCUCACCCUACCUCUUCUUCCUCUACCUCCGUCUAUUCUUCUGCCUAUUCUUCUCCUUCGUCAUCUUCUUCUCCAUCUCCUUCCCGUCGCCCCACUCGUUGUCACCACACUGGCAGGGUGAGCCCGCUCACUCUGGCAGCCUGGAAUGUUCGUUCCCUUUUAGACAAUCCGAGGAGCAACCGACCGGAGCGGAGGACGGCGCUAGUGGCACGAGAACUGGCGAGCUGAAAGGUGGACAUCGCCGCACUCAGCGAGACCCGUUUCUCCGAACAAGGCCAACUGGAGGAGGUGGGUGCCGGCUACACCUUCUUCUGGAGCGGUCGACCCAGGGGAGAGCGACGGGACGCGGGUGUCGCCUUCGCCAUUCGGAACGACAUCGUGGGACGACUGCCCUGUUUGCCGCAGGGCAUCAACGAUCGCCUGAUGAGCCUCCGCCUGCCUCUCUGGGGAGGCAAAUUCGCCACCAUCAUCAGCGCCUACGCUCCGACGAUGACCAACCCCGACGCCGUCAGAGACAAAUUCUACGAGGAUCUGCACGCCCUCUUGGCGACUGUGUCGAAGGCGGACAAGUUGAUUGUCCUUGGCGACUUCAACGCCCGCGUCGGCGCAGACCAUACUGCCUGGAGAGGUGUGCUGGGUCCCCACGGUCUCCGCGGCUCAAACGACAAUGGUCUGCUGCUUCUCCGCACCUGCGCAGAACACCGCCUCAUGCUGACGAACACGUUCUUCUGUCUGUCGGAGCGAGAGAAGGCCACCUGGAGGCAUCCUCGGUCGCGCCAGUGGCACCUGCUGGACUAUGUCCUCGUCCGGAGGCGAGAUCAGCGGGACGUGCUGGUGACGAAGGCGAUCGCGGGAGCUGAUGGGAUGAGGGACAUUCCGGGCUCGAAUCGGACUUGUUGGACAUCUUCGGAUUAACUGCGCCUCUCGAACGGCACCAACCAUCGUCCCCCCGCCUGCCUCUUCCUUCUCCUCUCCGCCGCCAAAUAACCCUGAUAAUUCUUCUGACCCACUACUUCCAUCAUCGUCCUCCUCCUCCUCCUUCUACUCCUCCUCCUCCUCCUCCUCCUCCUCGCCCACUGCUCCAACGGCGGCCGCUCAGGCGACUGUCCCACGCACAGCAACCGACACUACCACCACCUCCCCCGACUCCAGGGAUGAGGAUCACGACUACACCUGCCCCCACUGCGACCGUACCUUCACCUCGCACAUCGGCCUGGUCGGUCACUUGCGAAUCCAUCGCACAGAGCCUGGUGAACCAGUGCGUGAAGCACCAACCUACACCCACCGCACUCGCCUCCACUGCCCACACUGCCCACGCACCUUCAGGCAUCGCAUGGGCCUUUUCGGCCACAUGCGCAUCCACGAGAGCGGCCUUGGCCGCACUCCCGACACACCCACUACAUCCAACACAUCCACCGUGCACACCCCCACUCUCGUUCCAUCCGUCCGCGACACCACCACCACCACCACCACCGCCUCCUCUGUAGCUGACACUGACACCGCCGACUUCUCAUGCCCACACUGUCCACGCACAUUCACCUCACGCAUCGGCCUGGUCGGUCACUUGCGAAUCCAUCGCACAGAGACUGGCGAACCAGUGCCUGGAGCACCCACCUAUACCCACCAAGCUCGUCUCAACUGCCCACACUGUCCUCGCACUUUCAGGCAUCGCAUGAGCCUAUUCGGCCACAUGCGCAUCCACGACGACCUGCGGUAG